GUUUCGUGCGCACAGGAGGAAAAAAAACAACAGCUGAACGAAACCAGCGACUGAAGUCUGUAAAGAAAAUAACAUUUAGAUGCCUUAUGAAAACAUUUUAAACUUUAAAAUAGAGUGUACUUUAUUCUGGGUGUCCAAACACAGACCACUGGCUCACAGUGUGUGUUUUUUUAACCAUUGAAUCGUCGUCAGACCCGCUGUUGAAACAAGUUUACAGCAUCUGAUUGCUAGGCUAGCGUAGCGAGCUAAUGGGCAGACUGGCUUUGCGCUCAGGUAGCCGGGUAGUGAGAGAGCUUUGAAGGCGGUCCUCCGGCGUUAAUGAUUUGUGGGUGAUGAUUGCGCAGUGAACGGAGACAGGCGACGGACACCUGGUAGAUUUGGAUCAAGCUAACGUUAGCUAGCAGGAACGUCAGGUGACCCAGGUGCUUCGGGACCAACACGAGAGAUGGCCAGUAAUCCCGUGACAGGCUCCACCUGUCAGGCUAAUGGGGAAAACACACCGGGACGAGCGUCUGACCCUGGCCGCUCAUGUCGCCACCAGUCCGAGUCAGAGCCCGAUGUUGGCCCGACUGUCAAAAGCUUAGCACGGCUUUGCAGCAGGGACGAGGACGAGCGAGCGGCUGCUCUAGACGAGCUGAGUCAAGGGGUUCUGCUGUGUUUGGGACUGGACCGGACCGGACCGGCACGGCUGAGUAAACAAACACUCCUUCAUCUGCUUCGGCUGUCCCGAUCGUGUCCGCUGCAGGAGGUGCGGGGGAGAGCAACCGAGCUGCUGCGAGCCGCACAGGAUCAAGGAGUUGAAGUACCACGGGCUCUGGCCUCAGGUCCAAGUGCCUUUAUGCAUUCAAAAGAGAUGUUGAAAGAAGGACCGGACCAGGACAUCCUUAUCGAAUCUUUUCUUUCGUUGGGUCGCGUGGACCAUGUCACCAUGGUGAUGGCGCUGCACCCUGCCUACCUCAGCUGCUUCCUGAGGACCCAGCAUGCUCUAUUGGAGCUGGACGGCCCCCUGCCCCGUCACUGGAGACACUACAUUGCUAUUAUGGCUGCGGCUCGACACCACUGUACGUACCUGGUGCAGCAACACAGCGCGGGCUUCCUAGAGGCUGGAGGGGAGGAAAGCUGGCUGAGCGGCCUCGAGCACGCUCCCACCAAACUCCGCAGCCUGCAAACACUCAACAGGCUGCUGGCACACAGACCCUGGCUCAUCACACAGCAGCACAUCCAGGAGCUGGUUUGUCCCGGAGCAGAGCCUCGCUGGUCAUUGGCUGAACUCAUACACGCUGUGGUCCUGAUGGCACACGCUCACUCACUCUGCUCUUUAGUGUGGGGCUGCGGCUUAAACCCGGAACCCGACCACAUUGGAGGUUAUACCUUCCAACCUCCAUCGCCCAGUCACCUCCCUCGUAGCCCUCACAGCCCCGCUCAUGAGAACGGCAAACAAGAGUUGGCUGACGGAGCGAUGGAGGUGGAGGUGUUGAUGAAGAGGAUGGUGGAGCUUCAGCAGCAGCAGGAGGAGGAGCGCACGCAGGAGGAGAUGGUUACUCGGUUUGAGAGGGAGAGGAGCGAGAGCAUACCGACAGCGGUGGUGCGAGGAGCACCGCCUGACCUGGUGCUGCGCCUGGUGGAGGAUCCAGAGUUCAGAUACGAGGACUUUGCCCCCAGAGGAGAGCAGUCACCGCCCACCAUGAGAGCCCAGGACUAUUCAUGGGAGGACCACGGCUUCUCUCUGGUCAACAGACUGCUGCCAGACAUGGGCCAGCUCCUGGAUGAAAAAUUCCAGGUUGUGAGCAACUUGACCUACAACAGGAUGGCCAUGCAUGAAGGUGUGGACACUCACACUCUGAGGAAAGCUCUGUGGAACUACAUCCACUGUCUGUACGGGAUACGCUACGAUGAUUACGACUAUGGCAGCGUGAAUGUGCUAUUGGAACGCUCUCUGAAGGUGUUUGUCAAAACCAUGGCCUGUCACCCUGAGCAGACCACGGCACGCAUCUACCACGCCUUCUGGAGACGCUUCAGACAUUCAGAAAAGGUUCAUGCAAACCUAAUAGUGAUGGAAGCCCGGCUACAAGCAGCCCUUCUUUAUACCUUACGAGCCAUCACACAUUACAUGAGAUGACACACCCACUCACUCUCUCUCUCUCACACACACACACACACUUUGCAGAUGCUGAGCCAGCUGUGACGGUGCCACAGCCCAUUGCACAACACAACAUGGAUUAACAAUCCUGCACACGUAGACUAAAUUGAAUGUUUUCUGUAUGCAUAUCUUAUGUUUCAGUGUUAAUGUUUUGAUGCUGCUUUCCGACUGGGAUAUCUGAUAUUUUAAAAUGUGUUACUUAUUUUGCACUGAAAUGGAUGGUGGUUUUGUUUUCUCACUUGAGCCUCAUGUUGUUUUGAAUGUCUUAUGUCAACAUAUCUACAUGCUACAUGCCAGGUAUGCAGGUGGAAUUAGGUGUGGUCAUCAUGAUUCAAGUGUUUCCUUUGCAGAAGUCUCCUUGUUUAUUUGACAGGUCUGUUCGGGGCACAAUCGUGUCACUCAGCGAUUGUUCACUACAUCAUGUCUACUCAUUCAUCUGAGAUAACUUGUAUUUUUAUAUACAAUAAAAAGUUACUUUGUUAUCAAAAUUAAAA